UGAAUGGCUAGCCCGCUAACUCUUAAGUUAGCCAUGGGCAAAUUAAAAAGCAUUUGUGUCCUGCUGUGGAUAUGUGGGUACAGUGCCCUGGCCACCACAGAAGAAAGCUAUGCAAGAUCAGUGAGAGAUGCUGCCAUUCUGACCUCUUGUGACUUUAACCAGGAAAGUGCACCCUAUUGUCAGCUCCAGCAGGACAGCAACGACAACAGUGAUUGGACAAGACACCGAGGCCCCACCCCUACACCAGGAACAGGCCCCCCCGGGGACUACCCUGAUGGCAAUGGGUUCUACAUCUACCAUGAGUGUGACAAUGUGGCCAACGGGCAGAAGGCUCGUCUUCUCAGCCCGGCCCUCUCCUCCAACUCCACCCAGAUUUGUGUCCAGUUCCACUACUACAUGUACGGCUCAGACAACCAGAACCACCUGCACGUGCUGGCCAAGAGGCCCACCUCGGAGGACAAAGUCUGGGAGAAGACUGGAAUCCAGAGCCCCUCCUGGCUUGGAGCUGCUGUCACUGUGGCCAAACCAGCAGGACAGACCCUAAAUAUUGUGUUUGAGGCACAGCGUGGAUUGUCUGCUUCUUGUGACUCAGCCCUGGAUAACAUUGUCAUUAGUGAGGGAGCUUGUCCAGCCUGUCUGACUGGUUGUGACUUUGACACCACUGAUGAUCUGUGCAGCUGGGAGGCACGUAAGCCAUCACAUCCUGACUUGUUUGGUUGGGAGCAGUGGAUUGGUCAAACUGACACAGAAGGAUCUGGUCCUGAUGAUGACUUCUCCAAACCAGGCUUGGGCCAAUAUCUGCUGAUGGACUCGUUGUUUCGUGUCACUGGAGAGAAAGUAGAGCUGUGGAGCCCACCCACCACCUCCUCCUCUGGCUGUCUGGACCUUACCUUCCAUUACUACAUGUACGGCACUGCCACCACCAUGAAGCUCAAUGUCCACGCAGUGACCAGUGGAGGAAGCCUCGGUUCCCCUAUCUUCUCCUUGACAGGGAACCAGGGCCAGGGUUGGGAGCCUGCAGAGAUACGCUACCUUGGCUCAGAUAACAUGCAGUUUGUGAUCGUUGGCUUCUACGGUGAGACCCCUGAGACAGACAUCGCUAUAGACGCUGUAUGCAUCACAGAAUGCACAGCUCCUCCACCAACUACCCCAAAACCUCCAACACUGGGACCAACUACCUCAGCACCAGGAACAACUACUCCCAAACCCUCAACCCCCAAGCCUUCUACACCAAAACCACCAACCACAAAACCACCAGUGACGUGCCCUCCCAAUGCUGAGUAUAUAGAGUGUGGCCCUGCCUGCAUCCCCAGCUGUAAAGAACCCUCCACCAACUGCACUGGCUCCUGUAUCAGCGCGUGUUUCUGUAAGCCAGGCUUUGUGUUCAAAGGCAGACGCUGUGUCCCCAUAGAAACAUGUGGCUGUCUGGAGGGAGGUGACUACUAUGAGCCAGGAGAGAUCAUCUUUGGUGACGGCUGCUCCAAGCUGUGUCGUUGUGCUGGAAACUACAUCUUGGACUGUGUGGACAACUCCUGCUCUCCCACGGAGGAGUGUCGCAACGGAGCCUGCUAUCCUAAAGACACCUCUACCUGUAUCGCGUCUGGUGACCCUCACUACACCACCUUCGACAAGAAGAAGUACAACUUCAUGGGGAACUGCAGCUACCUGAUGUCAGAGCCCUGUAACCACACGUCAGUGCCUCACUACGAGGUGCAUGCUGACAACGAGAACCGCUUCAACAAACCAACCAUCUCCUACCUGAAGGCUGUGCAUGUGUACGUGCGUGGGGUGAAGAUCUCCAUCUUGAAGGGAGGCACCGUGCAGUUGGAUGGUAUCAAUGUGAACAUCCCACUGACCCCAGCUACAGGCGUGUCUGUUUUGAAGUCUGGUAAACACUACACUGUAGCCAUGGACUUUGGUGUGACCGUACGAUAUGAUGGAAACCACUAUAUGGACAUCAAGGUCAUCAAGGACUAUAAGGACAAGCUGUGUGGACUGUGUGGAGACUACAACGGAAACUCCAACGAUGACUUCAGGAAACCCGACGGUUCUCUGACCACCAACCCCAAUGACUUUGGACACAGCUGGGUCACAGAUCCCAAUUGUAACAAGAAGCCCAACACCACCAUCCCAGGCUGUACUGAUGAUGAACUGGACAGGUAUGAGAGCUCUGGCUACUGCGGCAUGCUACUGGACAAGAACGGACCGUUCGCUGUCUGUCACCCCAAGGUCAACCCCAAUAGUUUCUUCAAGGACUGUCUGUUUGACCUGUGCGAGCUGGAUGGUGCUCAACCCAUCCUGUGUGAGUCCAUCGAGUCGUACGUCAACGACUGUCAGGACCGAGGAGUCACCAUCGGAACCUGGAGGAACAGCACCUUCUGCCCUCUGACAUGCCCCCCCAACAGUCAGUACGUGCCCUGUGCCACCCCUUGCCAGCCCACCUGUGCCUCCAGACCCUCCACAGGGUGUGAUGCUCCCUGUUCAGAGGGCUGUGUGUGUGACCCUGGUUACGUCCUCAGCGCCGGGAAGUGUGUCAAAGAGAACUCCUGUGGCUGCAAAGGCACCAACGGACAGUACUACGAGCCUGGUGAGGAGUGGUACCUGGAGGACUGUAAGCUGAAAUGUUAUUGUAACGCUCCCUUCGUCACCUGCAAUCCCUCUGAUUGCCCUCCAAUGCACGAGUGUAAGGUCCAGGGAGGAGAGCUGGACUGCUACCCUACAACCCCAACUACAGUCAAACCAACUACUCCCAUACCAACUACACCUAAACCAACUACUCCCAAACCUACUACCACAAAACCACCAGUGACGUGCCCUCCCAAUGCUGAGUAUAUAGAGUGUGGCCCUGCCUGCAUCCCCAGCUGUAAGGAACCCUCCACCAACUGCACUGGCUCCUGUAUCAGCGCGUGUUUCUGUAAGCCAGGCUUUGUGUUCAAAGGCAGACGCUGUGUCCCCAUAGAAACAUGUGGCUGUCUGGAGGGAGGUGACUACUAUGAGCCAGGAGAGAUCAUCUUUGGUGACGGCUGCUCCAAGCUGUGUCGUUGUGCUGGAAACUACAUCUUGGACUGUGUGGACAACUCCUGCUCUCCCACGGAGGAGUGUCGCAACGGAGCCUGCUAUCCUAAAGACACCUCUACCUGUAUCGCGUCUGGUGACCCUCACUACACCACCUUCGACAAGAAGAAGUACAACUUCAUGGGGAACUGCAGCUACCUGAUGUCAGAGCCCUGUAACCACACGUCAGUGCCUCACUACGAGGUGCAUGCUGACAACGAGAACCGCUUCAACAAACCAACCAUCUCCUACCUGAAGGCUGUGCAUGUGUACGUGCGUGGGGUGAAGAUCUCCAUCUUGAAGGGAGGCACCGUGCAGUUGGAUGGUAUCAAUGUGAACAUCCCACUGACCCCAGCUACAGGCGUGUCUGUUUUGAAGUCUGGUAAACACUACACUGUAGCCAUGGACUUUGGUGUGACCGUACGAUAUGAUGGAAACCACUAUAUGGACAUCAAGGUCAUCAAGGACUAUAAGGACAAGCUGUGUGGACUGUGUGGAGACUACAACGGAAACUCCAACGAUGACUUCAGGAAACCCGACGGUUCUCUGACCACCAACCCCAAUGACUUUGGACACAGCUGGGUCACAGAUCCCAAUUGUAACAAGAAGCCCAACACCACCAUCCCAGGCUGUACUGAUGAUGAACUGGACAGGUAUGAGAGCUCUGGCUACUGCGGCAUGCUACUGGACAAGAACGGACCGUUCGCUGUCUGUCACCCCAAGGUCAACCCCAAUAGUUUCUUCAAGGACUGUCUGUUUGACCUGUGCGAGCUGGAUGGUGCUCAACCCAUCCUGUGUGAGUCCAUCGAGUCGUACGUCAACGACUGUCAGGACCGAGGAGUCACCAUCGGUACCUGGAGGAACAGCACCUUCUGCCCUCUGACAUGCCCCCCCAACAGUCAGUACAUGCCCUGUGCCGCCCCUUGCCAGCCCACCUGUGCCUCCAGACCCUCCACAGGGUGUGAUGCUCCCUGUUCAGAGGGCUGUGUGUGUGACCCUGGUUACGUCCUCAGCGCCGGGAAGUGUGUCAAAGAGAACUCCUGUGGCUGCAAAGGCACCAACGGACAGUACUACGAGCCUGGUGAGGAGUGGUACCUGGAGGACUGUAAGCUGAAAUGUUAUUGUAACGCUCCCUUCGUCACCUGCAAUCCCUCUGAUUGCCCUCCAAUGCACGAGUGUAAGGUCCAGGGAGGAGAGCUGGACUGCUACCCUACAACCCCAACUACAGUCAAACCAACUACUCCCAUACCAACUACACCUAAACCAACUACUCCCAAACCUACUACCACAAAACCACCAGUGACGUGCCCUCCAAAUGCUGAGUAUAUAGAGUGUGGCCCUGCCUGCAUCCCCAGCUGUAAGGAACCCUCCACCAACUGCACUGGCUCCUGUAUCAGCGCGUGUUUCUGUAAGCCAGGCUUUGUGUUCAAAGGCAGACGCUGUGUCCCCAUAGAAACAUGUGGCUGUCUGGAGGGAGGUGACUACUAUGAGCCAGGAGAGAUCAUCUUUGGUGACGGCUGCUCCAAGCUGUGUCGUUGUGCUGGAAACUACAUCUUGGACUGUGUGGACAACUCCUGCUCUCCCACGGAGGAGUGUCGCAACGGAGCCUGCUAUCCUAAAGACACCUCUACCUGUAUCGCGUCUGGUGACCCUCACUACACCACCUUCGACAAGAAGAAGUACAACUUCAUGGGGAACUGCAGCUACCUGAUGUCAGAGCCCUGUAACCACACGUCAGUGCCUCACUACGAGGUGCAUGCUGACAACGAGAACCGCUUCAACAAACCAACCAUCUCCUACCUGAAGGCUGUGCAUGUGUACGUGCGUGGGGUGAAGAUCUCCAUCUUGAAGGGAGGCACCGUGCAGUUGGAUGGUAUCAAUGUGAACAUCCCACUGACCCCAGCUACAGGCGUGUCUGUUUUGAAGUCUGGUAAACACUACACUGUAGCCAUGGACUUUGGUGUGACCGUACGAUAUGAUGGAAACCACUAUAUGGACAUCAAGGUCAUCAAGGACUAUAAGGACAAGCUGUGUGGACUGUGUGGAGACUACAACGGAAACUCCAACGAUGACUUCAGGAAACCCGACGGUUCUCUGACCACCAACCCCAAUGACUUUGGACACAGCUGGGUCACAGAUCCCAAUUGUAACAAGAAGCCCAACACCACCAUCCCAGGCUGUACUGAUGAUGAACUGGACAGGUAUGAGAGCUCUGGCUACUGCGGCAUGCUACUGGACAAGAACGGACCGUUCGCUGUCUGUCACCCCAAGGUCAACCCCAAUAGUUUCUUCAAGGACUGUCUGUUUGACCUGUGCGAGCUGGAUGGUGCUCAACCCAUCCUGUGUGAGUCCAUCGAGUCGUACGUGCGUCAACGACUGUCAGGACCGAGGACUCUGACAUGCCCCCCCAACAGUCAGUACAUGCCCUGUGCCACCCCUUGCCAGCCCACCUGUGCCUCCAGACCCUCCACAGGGUGUGAUGCUCCCUGUUCAGAGGGCUGUGUGUGUGACCCUGGUUACGUCCUCAGCGCCGGGAAGUGUGUCAAAGAGAACUCCUGUGGCUGCAAAGGCACCAACGGACAGUACUACGAGCCUGGUGAGGAGUGGUACCUGGAGGACUGUAAGCUGAAAUGUUAUUGUAACGCUCCCUUCGUCACCUGCAAUCCCUCUGAUUGCCCUCCAAUGCACGAGUGUAAGGUCCAGGGAGGAGAGCUGGACUGCUACCCUACAACCCCAACUACAGUCAAACCAACUACUCCCAUACCAACUACACCUAAACCAACUACUCCCAAACCUACUACCACAAAACCACCAGUGACGUGCCCUCCAAAUGCUGAGUAUAUAGAGUGUGGCCCUGCCUGCAUCCCCAGCUGUAAGGAACCCUCCACCAACUGCACUGGCUCCUGUAUCAGCGCGUGUUUCUGUAAGCCAGGCUUUGUGUUCAAAGGCAGACGCUGUGUCCCCAUAGAAACAUGUGGCUGUCUGGAGGGAGGUGACUACUAUGAGCCAGGAGAGAUCAUCUUUGGUGACGGCUGCUCCAAGCUGUGUCGUUGUGCUGGAAACUACAUCUUGGACUGUGUGGACAACUCCUGCUCUCCCACGGAGGAGUGUCGCAACGGAGCCUGCUAUCCUAAAGACACCUCUACCUGUAUCGCGUCUGGUGACCCUCACUACACCACCUUCGACAAGAAGAAGUACAACUUCAUGGGGAACUGCAGCUACCUGAUGUCAGAGCCCUGUAACCACACGUCAGUGCCUCACUACGAGGUGCAUGCUGACAACGAGAACCGCUUCAACAAACCAACCAUCUCCUACCUGAAGGCUGUGCAUGUGUACGUGCGUGGGGUGAAGAUCUCCAUCUUGAAGGGAGGCACCGUGCAGUUGGAUGGUAUCAAUGUGAACAUCCCACUGACCCCAGCUACAGGCGUGUCUGUUUUGAAGUCUGGUAAACACUACACUGUAGCCAUGGACUUUGGUGUGACCGUACGAUAUGAUGGAAACCACUAUAUGGACAUCAAGGUCAUCAAGGACUAUAAGGACAAGCUGUGUGGACUGUGUGGAGACUACAACGGAAACUCCAACGAUGACUUCAGGAAACCCGACGGUUCUCUGACCACCAACCCCAAUGACUUUGGACACAGCUGGGUCACAGAUCCCAAUUGUAACAAGAAGCCCAACACCACCAUCCCAGGCUGUACUGAUGAUGAACUGGACAGGUAUGAGAGCUCUGGCUACUGCGGCAUGCUACUGGACAAGAACGGACCGUUCGCUGUCUGUCACCCCAAGGUCAACCCCAAUAGUUUCUUCAAGGACUGUCUGUUUGACCUGUGCGAGCUGGAUGGUGCUCAACCCAUCCUGUGUGAGUCCAUCGAGUCGUACGUCAACGACUGUCAGGACCGAGGAGUCACCAUCGGAACCUGGAGGAACAGCACCUUCUGCCCUCUGACAUGCCCCCCCAACAGUCAGUACGUGCCCUGUGCCGCCCCUUGCCAGCCCACCUGUGCCUCCAGACCCUCCACAGGGUGUGAUGCUCCCUGUUCAGAGGGCUGUGUGUGUGACCCUGGUUACGUCCUCAGCGCCGGGAAGUGUGUCAAAGAGAACUCCUGUGGCUGCAAAGGCACCAACGGACAGUACUACGAGCCUGGUGAGGAGUGGUACCUGGAGGACUGUAAGCUGAAAUGUUAUUGUAACGCUCCCUUCGUCACCUGCAAUCCCUCUGAUUGCCCUCCAAUGCACGAGUGUAAGGUCCAGGGAGGAGAGCUGGACUGCUACCCUACAAGUUCCCAGGACUGUGUGAUCUCUGGAGACCCCCACUACAAUACAUUUGAUGAUAGGUUCUACAGCUUCAUGGGGACCUGCACCUACACCCUGGCCAGGACCUGCAAGAACAACACAGGUCCCUGGUUCUCUGUGGAGGGUAAGAACGAGGAGCGUGGUCUGGCUGGAGUUUCCUACCUGAAAAAGCUUUACGUCACUGUCGAUGGAAUCACUGUCACACUAAUGAAGAGCAGGAAGACUCUGGUGAGUGGAAAGCGAGUGUCCCUCCCUCACUCCCCCUCUCCGCUCAUCUCUCUAUCGCUGGCUGGUCAGUACGUCACGCUGCAGACUCCGUUCGGCCUCAAGGUGCGCUGGGACGGAAACCACUACGCCCAGAUCUCAGUGCCCAGCUCCUACUCUGACAAGAUGUGUGGUCUGUGCGGAGACUACGACGGUAACCCUAACAACGACUUCACCAAGCCUGACGGAUCCCAGGUCACCACCUCCAAGGACUUUGGAAACAGCUGGAAGACCGAGGAAGAUGAGGAUGUCACAUGCAAACCCGACACCGACCCAGAUCCACACUGUGAUCCCUCACUAGAGGCAGAGGUUUCCAAACCUGAGAACUGUGGGAAAUUAACCGACACCAAAGGACCCUUCAGGGAGUGCAUAGCGUCGGUGGACCCCACUCCGUUCUUCCAGAGCUGUGUGUAUGACAUGUGUCGCUUCGUGGGCCAACAGCAGAUGCUGUGUGACCAGCUUCAGGUGUAUACCGACGCCUGCCUGAGCGCAGGGAUCAAGGUCCACCCCUGGAGGGAGACAGAUUUCUGCCCUCUGGCCUGUCCUCUCAAUAGUUCUUACUCCAUGUGUGUGAGCUCCUGUCCAGAGACAUGUCUGGGUGUCAGCGGCCCCCCUGGUUGCUCCGCGGUGUGUGUGGAGGGGUGUGAGUGUAACCGUGGCUUUAUCCUCAGCGACGACAAGUGUGUUCCUGUUAAAGACUGUGGCUGUGUCAACCCCUCUGGAGACUACCAUCCUGUGGGGGACGCCUGGUACCUGGAGGGCUGUAAGGAGAAGUGUGUGUGUCUGGGUGGAGGGGUGCUACAGUGUCACAACACCACCUGUACCCCGGCAGAGAGCUGCGGCCUGCAGGAUGGAGAGUUAGGAUGUUACCCACUGGAAACAGGUAUCUGCACUGUACAGGGCGACCCUCACUACACCUCUUUCGAUAAAAAGGUGCAUAACUUCAUGGGUUCCUGUUCCUACACUCUCACCAAGCCGUGCAAUGAGUCCUCCGGCUUGCCGUACUUCACCGUCGACACGCAGAACGAGCACCGGGGCAGCAACAAGAAGGUGUCGUACGUCCGAGCCGUCAUGGUCAAGGUCUCCGGGAUGACUGUCAUCUUGGGAAAGGGUCGCAAAAUACAGGUCAACGGUACCCUGGUGACCCCUCCCGUGACUCUGACCAAUGGGGUGAAGAUCUACCUGAGCGGGAAGUUCGUUGUGUUGGAGACGACCUUUGGCCUGCGGGUGAGGUUCGAUGGUAACCACCACGCUGACGUCACUCUGCCCUCCUUCUACAACCAACUGCUCUGUGGACUUUGUGGAAACUUCAAUGACCAACCUGGUGAUGACAACAUCAAGCCAGAUGGUAAACCAGCCAUCAACACCAACGAACUGGGAGAGAGCUGGCAGGUACCCGACGACCGCCCCGACUGCACCCACGGUGGAGGAGAGGAGGAGUGCGAUCCCAAGGUGGAGGCAGAGGCUGUGAAACCUACCAGCUGUGGGAUGAUCAGUGACCCUAACGGUAUCUUCAAGCCGUGCCACACGGUGGUUCCCCCCAACAUCUACCAGGAGAACUGUGUGUAUGACCAGUGUGCUACAGGAGGAGAGACGGUGGCUCUGUGUCAGGCUAUAGAGAGUUACGCUGACCUGUGUGCCUUGGCUGGAGUACCCAUCGCAUGGAGGAACAACACCUUCUGUCCUCUGAAGUGUCUCCCAGGCAGCCACUACGAGCCCUGUGGUAGCGCCUGUCCCUCCAGCUGUCAGAACCCUACCUUCAACUCCACCUGUAACCAGCCCUGUGUAGAGGGGUGUGUAUGUGACCUCGGACUGCUCCUCAGCGGAGACAAGUGUGUUCCACCCAGCCAGUGUGGCUGCACCGACGAGGAUAACAACUAUAGGCCGGUGGGAGACAGUUGGUUCACUGAGCUGGACUGUUCGGAGCGUUGUAGGUGUAACCCUGGCAGCAACAUUACCUGUGAGCCGUGGCAGUGUAGCCCCGCCCAGGAGUGUAAGGUGUUGGAGGGAGAGCUGGGAUGUUUCUCAACAGGUUUGGCUGUGUGUCAUGUGUCUGGAGAUCCUCACUACUACACCUUCGACGCUGUCAUGCACACCUUUAUGGGUACCUGUACCUACACCCUGGUAGAGGUGUGUAACUCCACCAAGGUAACUCCGUUCACCAUCGUGGCGAAGAAUGAGGAGCGCGGCCAACCAGAGGCGUCUUACGUGCACUCUGUUACAGUCUACCUUCCCAACGCCAACAUCACGCUACAGAAGAGCCGCAGAGUUCUGUUGAACGGGCACAGGGUGCGUACUCCUCUGUCCAUCGAUGUGGCCGGGGCCAGGGUCUUGAGUAGUGGUGUCUACAUUCUACUGGACACUAACUUUGGCCUGAAGGUGAAGUUUGAUGGAGUCCAUCACCUGGAGAUCAUCGUCCCUGGAGAGUACUUCAACAAGGUGUGUGGUAUGUGUGGUAACUUCAACAUGAACACGUCCGAUGACGACCUGAAACCAGAUGGAAAGCCGGCCAAGGACGUGAUGGAACUGGGCAACAGCUGGAAGUCAGAGGGAGACUCAGACCCAGGAUGCUCGCCAGAUGAGCGUCCCAGCAUCCACCCCAACUGCACGACAGAAGAAGAGAACCAGUACGAGACCCUGUGUUCUUCUGUUGUCCUCGGAGACAAGUUCAAGCCCUGCCACUCUUUACUGUCCCCAGAGGCUUUCCUGGGGAACUGUGUGUAUGACAUGUGUGAAUACGACGGCAUGCAGGCCACACUGUGUGAUAACGUGGAAGCAUAUGCCCAAGCCUGUCAGUCAGCCGGGGUCACCAUCAGCUGGAGGAACAAUACAUUCUGUCCCCUGCCGUGCCCCCCCAAUAGCCACUACUCUGACUGCACGGCACCCUGCCCCCCCACCUGCUCUGACCUGUUCCCCACGCUCUGCCACCUGCCCUCUACCACCUGCGUCGAGGGGUGCCAGUGUGACGCCGGGUUUGUCCUCAGUGAUGUGCAGUGUGUUCCUCUGGCCAAGUGUGGCUGUGUGGACAGAGUUGGAGAGUACCAUGAUGUGGGUGACUCGUGGUUGACGGACCACUGUGAUGGCCAGUGUACCUGUAACCUGGGAGGCUCCAUAACCUGCUCAGACGUUAAAUGCCCCGGCAAUUCUGUCUGCAUUCUGGACAAAUAUGGAGAACUCUACUGCAAACCUGAGAAGUUCAACAGGUGCAAUAUCCACGGUGACCCCCACUAUCGUACGUUCGAUGGGCUCACCCACCACUUCCAGGGCCCCUACACCUACACCCUGACCCAGGGUCACGACCUCCCCAGCUCACUGGUCGAUCUGCAGGUGCGGGGGAAGAACGUCCGUCGUGGUGGCAGCAGGAAGGUCUCCUACCUGGAUGAGGUGUAUGUCGAUGUCUACGGAGUCAGUAUCCGAUUCCUGCAGAAGAAAGUAGUACUGGUGAACGGUGAGCGUGUGGCUCUUCCUGUCAGUCCUAGAGGCGGCCUGACCAUCACGAUAAACUCGAAGAACGUCCAGCUGGUCGCCGACUUCGGCAUGACCGUACGCUUCGACGGCAAGCAGCACGGAGAGGUGAUCCUACCCAGUACGUACAGAGACAGGGUGAGGGGUCUGUGUGGGAACUAUGAUGGGGUCUCCAGGAAUGAGUACAUGAAACCAGAUGGAACCGUGACGCGGAACCUUGAAGAGUUUGGAAGUAGCUGGAGGGUGACUGACAGGCAGGGGGCGGAGCUAGUGACAUCAGAACUCCCCAAGAUGGUGCACCUGCACAGGCGUGAUGUUGAGACCGACCCAGAGACAGGCUUUGAGACAGCAGGUUGUACUGACGCUCAGCUGGCUGAGUUCAAGGGUAUUAAACAGUGUGGAGCCAUAUCAGACCCUACAGGAUACUUCGCUGCCUGCCAUGCAUCACUACUCCCCUACAGCUUCCAGGAGGACUGUUUGUUUGACCUGUGUGCGGAUCAGGAAACCGACUCCCUGCGUUGUGACAGUUAUGAGGUGUAUGCCCUGGCCUGCCAAGAGGCUGGAGUCAAACUGGGCAACUGGAGACAACAGCUGGGCUGUGUCCUGAGCUGUGUAGCCAACAGUGCCUACUCUGAGUGUAUGACCCCUUGCCCUGCCUCCUGCGCUGAUCUGGCCGCGCCCUCCGAGUGUGACUUCACUGCCUGUGUUGAGGGGUGCCAGUGUUCCCCAGGAUUCACCAUGAGCGGAGGCAUCUGUGUUCCCUACAGCGAGUGUGGCUGCACCUACCUGGAUAGAUACUACCCUCUUAAAGAGAGGUUUGUGACAGAGGACUGUGCCCUGUCCUGUGAGAGUACGCCCUCGGGCGCCGUGUGCCAACCUAAAGGCUGUUCCGACACACACGUCUGUACUAUCUUCAACUUCACACGUGACUGCUACAAAAAGAGCCUGUGUCUGAGUGACCCCUGUCUGAACAACGGUAUAUGCUCUGAGAUUACAGUAGAUUUAUUCAGCUGUCAGUGUCCAGAGGGUUUCGAGGGCAACCUGUGUGAGAUUGAGAAGACGGAUACCAGCGGAGGCCUGGAUAAGAACACGAUCAUAUUCAUCGCAGUCCUGGUGCCUCUGGGAAUCAUCAUCAUAGCAUUGAUUUGUGUGUUAUGCUACAAAUGCUGUAGAAAGAACAAAGAAAAUAAGUAUUAUUGUGACAGCACAGAUUCAAAACAUGGGAAACCAGCGAAAGAGAAAAGCAGGAGAAAAACACCUGUCCCACCUAUUCAGCUGAUUUAUUGCAGAGGCACCCAGUACAACAUGCAUCUUAAGGACAGCAACGUCAAAUACGACAACUUCGGCAACAAUGAGAAGAACGCAAGCAACAAUGUGACUCCCAUGUAGCUGGAGAGAGAGAGAACUCAAGAGUUCCAUGUUUACUAGCAGAUGAAUGUACAGAGGUCACACACAAACACAAGCUAGACCCUAACAGUGGCAUGAUACUCAAUAAUACUACAUGUCAUUUAGCAGAUGCGUGCAUACAAUUAUACAACUCUUUUUUUUUGCAAAUGGGUGGCCCCAGGAAUCAAACCCACUAUCCUGGCAUUGUAAGAGCCAUGCUCUACCAACUGAUCUACAGAGGACCACUCUGUAAAUCCAGUAAAAUGCUGACAAGUUUACUUUAAAAUGCAUUUUAAAAUCCACACAAAUUCAUAACAGUCCGUAACAUCAAUGUUAAAUAUUUGUCCCGAUAUUAUUUGUAGAAUUUGUGAAUAUUGUCAUUAUAUUACCUGCUUUUAUUAACGUAUUCAUGCUUUUGUUGUUGUAAUUUGAUCAUGUGUGAAAUAUGAGAUGUCAGAAAAGAUCAAAGGAAAAGUGAAAUUAUUAAAUGCCUAAAGCGCCUAAGAUGUUAUUGAUUUAAUUAAAUGAUGUUGCUGCAAGCAUAAAA